UCUCUGUCCUCAGCAAGUCAGAAUUCUCAAGAGUGUUUCCUCAUGAAUUUCUUCAAAUCCGUUUUCUUGGACGAUCCAGAUCCUUCUGAAUCAGGAUCCGGGUCCAACAAAGAUCCGGGUCCCGAUUCCUCGUCAACGGAGCCCCGAUCGACCAGCGACGAUUCCGGCGAUGCCGACGGUUGGAACUUCGGUGGCCUGAUCAAAACCUUGACAUCGAAAUCGGAAUCAAUAAUCGAGACUUACCGUCGGGAUCUGCACGAAUUCGGCACCGGUUUCAAGAAGGAGAUAGAGGUUGCUCAGGGUUCUCUUGGGACGGUGGGUCACGCCAUUGACGAGUUCGGAAACACCGUCGUCAAAGGGACGGCUCAGAUCAUAUCUCAAGGUAAGGACGCCAUCCUCGCCGUCGAUCUCGAUUCUGAUUCGGAUAGCAGCAAUCGCAGGCACACGAACGGUAGCGAAGGGAGCUUGAAUUCGAAGCGGUAUAGUAGGUUUGAUGCACAUGUUCGCACCAUUCAGGGUGAUGUUAGCACUUACUCCGAGGGCCCUGAGGAUUUGGAUGAGUUUAACAAGUGGAAAUUAGGGUUUUCCUUGGAUGGGAAAAGUGAUGAAAUGGAGGGUUUUUUCAGAGAGAGUGAUGAUAUGGAGAGUGUUUACAAAAGGCUUGUUCCAAACACUGUGGAUCAUGAAACUUUCUGGUGUAGGUAUUAUUAUAAGGUUUAUAAGCUCAAGGAAGCUGAGGAUGUAAGGGUUAGGCUUGUGAGGAGAAUGACCAAGGAAGAGGAGGAGGAGGAGUUGAGUUGGGAUGUUGAAGAUGAUAAUGAGAAGGAGUAUGAAGGUGAAGGUAAACCUGAGCUUAUGAUCAAUAAGGAGGUUGGUGGUGAAAAUAUGGGAAAAGGGGUAGAUACCCAGUUGCAAAUUGAUAGCUCUGGUGUUAGCAAUGAUGGGGUAACAAAGAGAUCGAAUGUGGAAGUGGUGCAGCAUUCUGGCGAAGAGGAGUCUAAAGUAGAAAGGAGAGACAAUUUAUUGCAAAGUAAGGAACUUGAAAACAAGAUGGAUAAGUCUGUUGAGGAAUCACAAGCUGAGAAAUCUGAAGCUGUUGAUGAGAUGGUUGAUGGAAGUAAGGAAACUGUUGAGGAGGCAGGUGUUGAUAAAGCAUCAAAGUCACAAGUGGACCAUGCUGUGAACAAAAGUGAUUCUGCAGCUGAAUCUGAUGAGAAGGUGAUAACGGAAAGAAAGACUGGGGAUGACAAAUCUUCUAGUAAAAAUAAUGAAUCUUCACUGGUUGAAAGUCAGCACUCAGCAAAUGUUGAGGAGGAGGAGGAGGACCUUGAGUGGGAUGAGAUUGAGGAUCUUAGCAGUGUUGAUGAAAAGAAAGCAACUCAGAGUGGUAGCACAAGCAAAGUUGAUUUGCGGAAGCGCCUUAGUACUGCAGAAGAAGAGGAAGACUUGAGUUGGGACAUUGAAGAUGAUGAUGAGCCAGCUAAGGCUUGACAAAUUUGAUGCAUUUGGUUCUGAUUAUUAACAAAAAUCUACGUUUAAGUUUCAUUUUGUCAAAAAGAAAUUUGCCUUUGAUUUGAUAUUUUUGUAAAUUGGGAUAGAAGUAGUAUUGUUAUCUGUUCUAUACCUAAAACGCAUGAAAAGCAACUGUUUUCAUAUUAAUAUCUCUUUUUAUUUAUUUUGUGCAUUGUUUUUGGAUAUUUAUA